UAGUAUUCCUGAAAUUUUUACUUUAAAUGUAUUUCUUAAACCUUUUUUUUAUAGCUCUAGAACUUUACACAACAGCUAAACUUAGUUUCUGCGAGGGACGUGUCCGUCGUUGCGAAGUACUGGAAAGCUUUGAAAUGAAACGUGUUUGUAUUGGCACCUAUCCGAAAGAAAUAUCUAUUAAGUACCGAGAUAAAAUGAUGACAACUGGAGCACAAUAUGCAAUAUUUCAAUUGAGUGAUGGCAAGGCAAAUCAUUAUGUUAUUUCGCACUACUUUAGUCCAUUGAUUAAGUGCGUCAGUGCUCGGUUCAUUACUCCUUUGACUUAUAGCUGCACUACUAAAAAUGGGGAAGCUGAAGUAAUAAACCUAGAAAAUAGCUUCAUGCAUUGCAUAACUGAACAUUUGCAAAUAGUAGAUGACUUGCUAGUUUUGUGUACUGAGGAGCGAAUGAAGCCUUCAGUAUUUGUUGCUUUGCAAUAUAGCACAAAAAAACUUCCACAGAUUUCGACGAGUGCAGCUAGAAUAACGCCAACCCCUCAAUUCGUCCUGGUACUUAUUACGUUAAUCCUAUAGAAAUGCGGAAUAAAUUUGUGGCUGUUAAUUGUUUUUUAUAUAAAAUAUUGGAAUGUUCAAAUAUAUUUUAAUUAAUUACCGAUUAAUUGAAUUGGUAGUAUUUAGGCAUCAAAUGAGAGAAAGUGUAAAAAAUAGUGAAACAAUUUGCAUAUACAUGUUUAUAUAUAAAAAUGUGUUAUUAGUGUUCUAUACCUCCUUUUCUUCGUUUUGGGCGAAGGAACCACG